AUGUCUACAUCUAGACCAGUUACUCCAGCUUCCCCAAGAUUUAUAAAGAUCAAAUCACCACAACCGGGAGUUCCUAAAUAUGGCUGUCAGCAUAUUCAACAACUCUUGAAUCCGGCCUUUGAGGAACGUAUGAAGAAUACAAUUACAUACUAUAAGAAUUGUUUAAGAGUGGUUUUAGAUAAUACUCCAAUUGUGCCACAAACCUCUAAGACGCCGAAAGGCCAGCCCCUCACAUCUCUUACGCCAAAUUACCUCUGUUUGCAAUGUGAACGAACAGCUACUGCACAAGAUCACAUGAAGCAUGGACAGGAGACUUCGCAUAGAUUUUAUGUUGAAUCGAGGACGGGUGCUCUGUAUUGCCAAAUGUGCAGUGACUUUGUAUGGGAUCCUACACUGGAGGAACUGAGAGUACGAAAGGUUGGGACUGGGUCUUUCUCUAGCCGAAAACGAAAACAUGACGAACUUUUUACAGACGCCACCAAAGAUGAUCCAAGGUUCAUAUCUACAAAUACAAUGUCAGCUCCUUGUCGUGCAAGUGGUGUUAGAGGUAUUUAUAAUAUGGGAGCCACCUGUUAUAUGAACGUCAUUCUCCAAUCUUUCGUUCAUAAUCCUCUACUUAGAAAUUUUUACCUCGGAGAUGGUCACCAAGCCAGCGAAUGCGAACAAAAGAAUUGUAUGAGCUGCGCUAUGGAUGACAUGUUUCAAGACUUCUACUCGCAAGAAAUCACAACAGGGUACUCAGCUUCGAAUAUACUUGCCAGCUUCUGGCUCUCGAAGAGAAAAGCGUACGAAGAAUUAGCAAGCAACAAAGAGCAAGACGCACAUGAGUUCUUCCAAUUUCUUACCGAGGAAUUACACGAAAUCAAUGGAGGAUCACGAGCAAGCGACCCAGAAGAUAGCAGUCCCAACCCCAAGCGGUCAAAAAUGGAUCAAGGUUGCAAAUGCAUCGUUCAUCAGACUUUCUAUGGAAAACUUCAGAGCACCAUCACUUGUCAAAAUUGCGGAGACGUAAACACAUCAGUCGAGUCCUUCCUAGAUCUUAGUUUAGGUCUCGAUGUCAUCCAGAAAAAGAGCAAGCUAAAAGCAGCUACUGGGACAAUAAGCCUCCAGCGUUGUCUGGACGAAGAGUACAUUCGGUCUGAACGUUGUGAAUACACAUGUCAUCAAUGCAAUACUCAAGAGGCAAAAAAACAACUCAGUAUCAAAAGCUUACCCAACGUAUUGUGUAUUCAGCUUAAGCGCUUCAAACAAGAUCCUAGAGGCCUCGCCUCUAAAAUUGAUACUACAGUCACAUUCCCUCUUCAAUUACAUAUGCUUCCUUACACCAAUCGCGCUCGUGGUCAAGACACGAAGAAUAACUUUGAGUUGGCCAGGUCAUGUACUUAUGAUCUGCAGAGUGUGGUGGUUCAUGUUGGGAAUUUGGAGACGGGUCAUUACGUUUCCUAUUCUCGAGUAGGAAAUCAAUGGUUUAAGUUCAAUGAUCAUAAUGUUACGUUGGCGAGUAAGAGUCAGGUGUUGAAUGAACAGGCUUUUCUGCUUUUUUACGUUAUUCAAAGUCUAGCUUAG